UGAGCUUUCUCUGAGUGACAAUUGCCUACCUUCUGGCGCACAAAAUAUCGCACUGAGCUUUCUCAGUGUAAAUUGCCUACAGUAGACUCUCGCUAAUCCGGCAACACCUUCUCCGGGCAACAUAAAAAAAUCCGUGAGUCAGUUGAAGUUUAAAAAGUUUGUUGAUUAUUUUUCUGUUUUGGAGGUUAUGCUCGUUUAAGCAAAUGUGAUCUUCUAAUCUGCUGUGAUUCCUUUCCUUCUCAUUGUGAUAUUCAUUGGCACGCGAAAUGAAGCGCAAGCAUAUAUCCACCAAAAUUCACGACAAAUUAAAAGCUAUAGAACUUGUGAAAAAGGGAGAGAGAGUUGCACAUGUGGCAGCAUCUUACGGAGUCGGAAGACAGACCCUGCUAGAUUGGAUGAACCAAGAGGAACGUUUCAGAAACUAUGUCAACCAAAAUGCUAAAAAUGCAGAGAGAGAGUGUCGAUUCGACCAGAAUCAACUACACAAACUUCUGAAGCAUUGUUCAUUUGGUUCGACAAUAUGAGGGAGAGGGGUGUACCAAUUUCUGGACCUCUCCUUCAAGCCAAAGCACUUCAGUUUCAUAAAGUCUAUCAUGAUGGCCCUGCCAACUUCUCUGCCAGUUCAGGGUGGCUUAGCCGAUGGAAGAAACAACACGAAGUGAGGCAGCUCACAGUAUGUGGAGAGGCUCUGUCUUCCAGGGAAGACUUGCUACCAACGUUUUUCAAUCACCUACAAAAAAUCAUUGAAGAAGAGAAUCUGAGUUUUCAUCAGAUAUAUAAUGCUGAUGAGACGGGGUUGAACUUUAAAAGACUUCCGAACAAAACACUUGCCGCACGAACUCAAAAAAAGGCCCCAGGAUAUAAGGAGAGCAAAGAAAGGGUAACACUUUUGGCCUGUGCGAACGCAAGUGGGCGACAUAAGCUCCCACUUUUUCUGAUUGGUAAAUCAAAAAAUCCGAGGGCGCUAAAAAAUGUGCAUAUUCAAGAUUUACCUGUGAAAUAUGGAAAUCAAGAAUCUGCCUGGAUGACGAGGGCAUUAUUUAAGGAGUGGUUUUUCCAAAACUUUGUUCCCGAAGUUCGAAAAUACCUCCAGAAGGAAGGUCUCCCGGAAAAGGCCCUUCUUAUUCUGGAUAAUGCCCCAGUUCACCCGGAAGAAAGAGAACUCUUGUGUGAUGGGAUUCGUCUGAUGUUCCUGCCUCCUAGUGUUACAUCCACAAUUCAACCCAUGGACCAAAAUGUCUUGGAAGUUUUGAAAAAAAAUAUCGAAAAGUUUUCCUUGAAUUUGUCCUCGAACAAAUUGAAAUUGAUCCGAAUGUGAUGAAUGCUGUCAAGGCAGUUGACAUCCUGAAGGUAAUUUUGUGGACAGCUCAAGCGUGGGACCAAGUUGAUGCAAAUACUAUUGCCAGAAGUUGGAAGGGAAUUUUCGAAACGACCUUCAGCUCAAACGUCUUAAGUGAAGACCAAUUUUUGAAUGAUGAAUUCCAUACAGAUAGUGUGGACAUGGACCACUUGAUCCAGUUGGCCAAUGAUUUGCCACAUAUUGGUCUUAUCACUGCGGAGGAUAUUAGAGACUGGUCGCAAAGUGAUAAUUGUUUGGAUAUUAGUGAGGACACAAUUUUUGAUAUAGUGACGAGUACAAAGAGUGUCAAUUCUGAACAAGAGCUUGAAAAUGAUCUCGAAGAUUAUUUUGAACCUAAUUUUGCUCAUUCUUCAGUGCAGAACAAUGACGAGAAACAUGUUUCAGCAGAACAGGCACUCAAGGCUUUGGAUGUUGUACUCAGUUAUAUACGUCAAGGAGAAAACAACACAACUCAACAAUAAGGACCAUUUAUAGGUUGCAGGCUGACCAAAGAAUUAAAAAAGAAAGGAAUAAUUUUCCAGUUAAAUUCAAUUUAAAAGACUGCGUUAAAAAAUAAACCUAAUGAACUAACUUAAUCUUAAGAAAGAACUCUACUGAAGACUGAUGGUGUGAAAAUGAAAAAUUGAAUUUUCCACAAAGUUAAUUCCACAGGAGGGCUUUAAUAAUGUUGGAUAUUUUAAAAUAAAUCAUAAAAGAUGAACUGAAGUGCUAUAAACGUGAUAAUAAUUGAAAUGUUGUACCAUGUUAAUCUGCAAAAAAUGGGAAAUCUGUCUAAUGUCUGAUUAACUUUAUGAAUAGAUUUAUAAAGAAAUUAAAGAUCAUAUGAAUGUGAUAAUGAAUAUGCAAAUAUAAAACAAACAAAUACAAGAAUAACAAUCAGUUUCAAUCUAAUAUCUUCUCUUUAAUAGAAAAAUUUUAGUUUGAUAUUUAUAUAGCAAUACGAGCAAUACAUAUGUAAACAGAAAAAAAUCGUUAAAUUUCAAAUGGUUUGCUCUCAAAAUCCGGGUGACGUUUCGGUCCCGCUCCACGGA